CAGGCAACAACAGAGCCCAAACCCAUCUUCAACGCAAUCAUAUCUUUGAAGAUUUCUCCUCCAAACACGAAACACUUCGAUCACUAGCCUCUACCCCAAGAGCUAACGUUACCUUUACACCAUAAUGCCACCCAUCCGCCUCCACAAAGACGACCCCAUAAAACCCACCUCAGACACCACCUCCACCUCCACAGCAGCAGCAAAACCGCCCUCCGAAUCGACCCCCCAAACCGCCAACCCCCCUCCCACACGCACCACCCCGUUCUCCCAGCCCGCCACAACCACAGCCUCAACAUAUAACCCAUCGAACGACACAGCACCACCGCCGCCCCAACCAGGCGCCCGCCCCAUCCCUCCAACAUCCUCCCCUGAAGCCGCACAAGCACAAACGACCGGAACACCCUCACCACCUCAACCAGGCGCAAUCCCAGGCCCAACACCAACAGCGACAGCAGGAGGUGGUCAUGGAGACGGAGGCUACACAGCAACACACAUCACGACUCUGACCCACGGCCCACCACCACAACUCGGCAUCCCUCCGCCUACAGACUCGCAGCUCGCGGGCCGCUCGACCACGAUCUCGACUACUGCCCGACAAAACAACGCUCCUGGACCAACAACAAUUCCCCUCGGACCGGCUGGGUCUCCGUACCAACACGCGCAUUCUGGCGGCGCUAUCCCCUCGCAAACUGGUUCAACCGAACCACAUCAAAGACCUAGCCUGGAGCAUCCACCCGGAUACAUGCAAGCGCCGGACCACAUUGGAGGAGGAAGAGGAACACCGGGAUGGCAGCAGCAGGCCCAACAUGAAGGUACUGGCAGUGAUGAGUCGACCGGAAGUGGUGUGGGAGAAACUGCGUGGAAUUUGUUGACGAGGGCUGGGGAGGCGUUGAAGAAGGGUGAGGAGGCGGCGUGGAAGGCUGUUAGGAACAAGUAGACAUAUGACGUCUCAAAGCCGAAAGGUAUGACGUGGCGAUGCUGUGGAACUCUCAGUUUUGAAGCAGAGACAGUGCACUAGAUAGCAACACAAGUAUUAAGAAAAUCGACAAACAUCUAUUGAC